UAGCCAACAGGACUGUGGCCAGAGCGAUGACGAGGCGCCGUCGCCCCGGUGCAGCCGAGCUGGGAGUCCUUCCGGGCCAGAGCUACCAGGUUAUGACUUGACCCUGAAAAGAAAGCUACUUCCGCCUGCUCCCUGGACAAGUUUAACUGUAAACCGUUCGCAAGAGGGGAGCAUCCGCAGAAGAAAAUGGAGAGCAAGUGACUGAGGCUGCAAGAGGACUAGGACAAACAGAAAAAGAAAGUAGCCAGAACGCGGUUUAAUGCACCUUCCUGGCGCCGAAAAGAACCAGCUGGGUUUUCUCAACACCACAAAUAAUCACAAUCUAUCCCAAGGGCUGCGAGUGAGCAGCGUACAGAGGAAAAGGGCCCAGACUCCGAAUUCUGAUCCUUCUGCUUUGGCAAGGGGCCAGUUUAAUCUCAUGCUGGCGGACGCCAAUAGUGAUCGGCUCUUCACGUUGAACCAAAGUGGGAGGCUCCGAGUGUGGCAUCAUCAGCUUGCAUGGCCUGAGGACCCCGUCUCUCAAGGUUAAAUAAAUCUUUAGAGGUCCUCCACCAGGCGAAGACUUUGUAACCCAUAUGUUCAAACAGGUGACUGCAUACUCUGGGGGAGACAUUAAUGAAGGAACACACUUGAACCUCGUUGGAAGGGACUCUAUGAAGUUCUUUUAACUUUUCAUGCAGCAGUCAAAUUAUAGGAUAUUAAACUUGAGUUCAUCUCUCUCAAUUAAAAAAUAAUUCUUUGGAAGCCCUUGGUCUGUCAAACUACAGCUGAAUUAAAAUGAAAGAGAUUCAAGGGAAGAGUUUUACCCAGAAGCAAAUGACAACGUGAAGUAAACUGUUUUCCACUCAAGAACAUGGAUCAAGAACUCAUAGGAUUUCCUUUUAUUUUGCCAUCAAUUAUUUUUUAAUAAGAAUUAUUAAUUCAGUUUUAUUUAUUAUUGUUUUUAAAUUCGAUAUAGGACU